AUGGCCAAGGACUCGGACUCUGAGUUCCGCCGGCCGUGGACACACCGCGCGGCCUCAGCUGUGGACGCGCUGUGGGACGUCAGGAAACUGCUGCGAAGACUCGAGAAAGGCUACCUUCAGGACAUCUCCCUCCACACCACGGGGCACCUGAACCCCAACAACCUCUACAGGCCCCCCGAGAAGAUCGUCCAUCACUGGCCCAAUGCCUACCCGCCCGCGGCGAGGAGACGCCCGGCGAAGCCGUCGGAGAAGAAGGUGGCCACGAUGAAGGAUGCGCUGGCCCAUUUCACCAUCAACACGGCGCUGCGCCCCAGCGAGGCCCCGGGCACGCCGCUGUUCCGCUACCUGCACCCCCCGGCACCGGCGCCGCCCCCCUCCGAGGGGGAUGUCGCCCCGCAGCCGAGUGGGGGGGCCGGGGGCUCUCCCCCGCAGCGCAGGAGAGAGGAGCUCACGUGGCCGGAGGUGAAGGUGCUGAAGCUCAAGGCCGCGCGGUCCAGCCGGCAGUGCGUGCUCUCCCCCGCGGGCAGGGACGAGUACUGCUACGUCACCUCCCACCUGGCGGGCCUGACCAAGGCGGACAAGUACGAGGAGUUCCUGCAUUUCCAGAGGAAAGUGCUGGCCACGCAGGACCUCCUGGAGAGCGACUUCACGGGGGCCAAGGCGGCGCUGCGCCUCGAGAAGAAGUUGGAGCAGGAUGAAUACGAGCUCUACAUGGCCAUCCUGCUGAGCGCGCAGCCCACGGACCAGUACCAGACUCUGCUGGAGGAGGCCAAAGGGCUGGCGAGGAGCUCGGUGAAGACGGCAGAUGUCACCCAGGCCCGGGAGGAGCUGAGGGCACUCGUGGCGGCCACCAACGCGGCCCUGGAGCACAACGACAGGCUCAGGAGCGAGCUGGCGGAGGAGCGGCGGCGGCUGCGACGCGCGCAGAAGAAGGCAGAAUCUUCUGAGAAACACGUGAGCAAGGAGGAGGAGCACCUCACGCUGACCGACCAGGUGGCGAGGAAGCGAUGCGAAGUACUCCAGAAGCUGGACGAGAUCCAGGCUCUGGAGCGAGAAAUGAAAACCACCCUGGUCCACACUAGGGUUUUACAAAUCGCCGAGAGCAGGGUCAAGAGCAUCGAGGAACCUUUGGGAAUUUAUUAA